AUGCAUCUCCCUCGCACCGCAGUGCUGCUAAGCUCAGACCCCCAAUUCGCCUUCUACCUCGAAGAAGUCCUCGCGCUCGCCAACAACGAAGGAGCACCCACCGGCGAGGUCCUCCGCAUCGCCACGAGCAUGAUCCCGCACGACUUCGAGAGCGCGUACAACUCCUUUUAUCCGAUGGCGCAGGGGAUCUACGCGCAAGCAGAAUCGGGUAUGGCGAGCAACGACCGCGUUUCCGCGAGAGAGGCGUAUCUCCGCGCUGCGAGCUACUAUAGAGGAGCGGACUUCUUCCUCAUUGGCAAUUGGAGUGAUCCAAGAGUCGAUCCCCUGUGGGUCCAGCAGCUGGAUGCUUUCGAGAAAGCCGUCGCCCUGAUGGAAGUCCGCGUGGAGGACUUCACGCUGAAAGCACACAGUCCGAAUAUGCCCGGCGGGGAGUUCAAGGUCAUUGGAAGAUUCUACAGGGCUGCGAAUGCCAUCGGCAGGACGCCGACGAUUGUCGUCGGGAACGGAUAUGAUGGCUCGCAGGAGGAGAGCUACCAUACCAUCGGGCUGGAGAUUCUGAAGCAUGAGUAUAACUUCGUCACGUAUGGAGGACCGGGCCAGCCGACUGUGCGUCGACAGCAGAAGAUUGGGUUUAUUCCGGAUUGGUAUAAUGUCGCUACUCCUGUGGUGGAAUACCUCAGUAAACGCUCUGAUGUCGAUAUGUCCAGAUUGCCAUUGAUAGGGCUUUCGUUCGGGGGGACACUCGCUCCAAUUGCUGCGAGCAGAGAGCAUCCGUUCACGAAAGUCGUCGCCAUCGACGGGUUGGUCUCUAUACAGCAGGGAUCGAAAGAAGAGUGGCCGAAGCCGAUCAUCGAGCUGUACAACAAUGAAUGGCUCCGUCAACGAAAUUCCACUUAUCCCUCAUCUCUCCGCUGGUUCAUCGACCAAGGCUUAUAUUCCUUCAACACCACCAACCCAUACGAAUGGUUCAGCCGGUUGGGAAACAUCACCAUGUCUCCAGAGGUGGUCAAAACAAUGCCGCGGCCUGUUUUCGUAGCCAAGGGCCAGGACGAUACGAUGUCCCUGAAUCAACCUGAGCUGGCCUAUGAAAUUUUGGUAUCUGGACGGCCGAAUGGGAAGAACUUGACGUACUUUCAUGAGUUCAACACUUCUCUGGGUGCUGGCGAGCAUGUGGCGAUUGGUGCUAUGAAAAUCCAAACAUCGACGCCACCCCUAACGCGAGUGAAGAGCUAUUGA